GCCCUGAAAGCGGCAAAGUACAUUGGAUUGUCCGUAUUAUUAAUCAUCUACAUCCGAAUAGUUUUCUUUGCCUUAGGCAUCUGCUUAUUUGAACAUAAACAAUGCGAUUCACUUCAUAUAAAGCCAAACUGUCUUGAUUUGUUGUGAUGGUAUUUUCUGCUGUUUGUCCGUCAUCAAUGACCUCAAAAGGGUGCCCUUCAAGUACUUCUCAAAUCAAACGGCUGGUCAACUCAACUAAUCACAGAUGGCAUCGUUAUUCCAACGGACAGGAUCAGGCAGAGCAUUGGUAAUCAUACGAUGUUCUUCUUAAAUAAAGUCUGAUAUUGGGCUACAAAGUUCAAAGGUCCAAUCCAAAGCCCUUGAUCCACGUCAACGUUUCAAACUUUUUUCGUGACAGUUUCCUGUGAACAGAAUAAAUGGCCACUGCUGCUACAGGCGGCAACGAAAUCAAAGCUCCUCUUAUUCAGAAGAUAAAAUCCGGAGCAUCAAGUUCAGGAACAGCGGCGGAGGAUCCGUACGACGGUGAGAAUUCACCUAUCGAGCAAGUUGCUCUCACAGUUCCUACCACGGACGAUCCUUCCCUCCCAACCUUCACGUUUCGUACGUUGAUUUUAGGAACUUUAUCAUGUGUCCUCCUUUCGUUUCUGAACCAGUUCUUCUGGUACCGCAGAGAACCUCUGUCUGUUACUUCGAUUUCAGCUCAAAUCGCGGUGCUACCCCUAGGCUACUUCAUGGCCAAAACUGUCACCGGGAGAGUCUUCUUCAAGGGACAAAAGUGGGAGUUCACGCUAAAUCCUGGUCCCUUUAAUGUCAAAGAGCAUGUGUUGAUCACCAUCUUUGCUAAUGCUGGAGCUGGCAACGUUUAUGCGAUUCACAUCGUUAGUGUUGUCAAGAUCUUUUAUAAGAAGCAGUUGACGUUCAUUGUAUCGUUACUUGUCGUUUUAACGACGCAGGUGUUAGGAUUUGGGUGGGCUGGUAUGUUCCGUCGGUACUUGGUGGAACCUGCAGCCAUGUGGUGGCCUCAGAAUCUAGUACAGGUUUCACUGUUCAGCAAUCACAGGGCAUUACACGAGAAAGAGGAGAGAAUGAAGGGCAGACUAACGAGGAACCAAUUUUUCCUAGUCGCGUUCGUUUGCAGCUUUGCUUAUUAUGUCUUUCCAGGCUAUCUCUUCCCAAUGUUAACCUCUUUGUCUUGGAUUUGUUGGGUAUUCCCUACUUCGUUAUUUGCUCAACAACUAGGUUCAGGACUGCAUGGUUUAGGUAUUGGUGCCAUCGGUCUUGAUUGGUCAAGCAUAUCUGCUUACCUUGGGAGCCCACUCGCAAGCCCGUGGUUUGCCACUGCCAAUAUUGCUGCAGGUUUUGCCUUAACCACGUAUGUCAUUGCUCCCAUUGCCUAUUGGCUUAAUAUCUUUAAGGCCAAGACCUUUCCUAUAUUCUCAGACGACUUGUUCACCUCGACUGGCCAAAGCUACAAUAUUUCAGCCAUUGUAGACCAAAAUUUCCACAUUGAUAUAGAAGCUUAUGAUCGUGAGGGUCCUCUCUACAUGAGCACCUUCUUUGCUAUGAUCUAUGGUGUUAAUUUUGCCUGUCUAACUGCAACCGUUGUUCAUGUUUUCCUCUUUCAUGGGAGAGAUAUUUGGCAGUUAAGUAAGUCUGCCUUUCAAAAUAAGACGAUGGAUGUGCACACAAAGCUAAUGAGAAGAUAUAAACAAGUACCAGAAUGGUGGUUCAUGUGCAUCCUUUUCAUUAACAUUGCAACAACCUUGUUUACAUGCCAAUACUACAAAAAUCAACUCCAGUUGCCAUGGUGGGGCAUCUUCCUAGCUUGUAGUCUUGCCCUAUUUUUCACUCUUCCUGUUGGAGUGAUCACUGCUACAACAAAUCAGACACCAGCCUUGAAUGUGCUCACAGAGUAUAUUAUUGGCUAUAUAUACCCAGGAUUUCCUGUUGCCAAUAUAUGCUUCAAAGUUUAUGGAUAUAUAAGUAUGAAACAAGGGAUAAUCUUUUUGCAAGAUUUCAAGCUUGGGCAUUACAUGAAGAUUCCUCCCAGGGCUAUGUUCAUGGCACAGGUAAUUGGUACUAUAAUCUCAGCAUUGGUACAUUUAGGAACUGCAUGGUGGCUCAUGAAUACCAUCCCAGACAUAUGUGACAGGGCAUUGCUUCCGACAGGCAGUCCAUGGACUUGCCCUGGUGACCAUGUAUUUUAUGAUGCAUCCAUCAUAUGGGGCCUCAUAGGCCCUCGAAAGAUUUUUGGAGAUCUUGGCCAUUACUCUACCAUUAACUGGUUUUUCUUAGCUGGGGUAAUAGCUCCCAUUCUAGUCUGGUUGGCACACAAGGCAUUCCCAAACAAGCCCUGGAUUAGACUUAUUAAUAUGCCUGUGCUCUUAGGUGCUGUAGUGAAUAUGCCACCUGCUACUGCAGUCAACUUUACUAGUUGGAUUCUUAUUGGAUUUGCCUCGGGCUUUAUUGCUUACCGGUAUCAUCGUGAUUGGUGGAGUCGACACAAUUAUGUUUUGUCUGGGGCACUUGAUGCUGGAUUAGCAUUCAUGGGGGUAUUGUUGUAUUUGUGCUUGGGAAUGGGGCAUGUUAGUCUUAACUGGUGGAAAAGUAACUCAGAUGGAUGUCCUUUGGCUUCUUGCCCGACUGAACCAGGUGUUAUAGUGAAAGGUUGCCCAUUGUUCUAAGAAGUCUUUAAUGUCUAGAAUCUAGAUAAACUUAAUUGAAUUAAUGUUGUAUAUAGCUGUAUGAUUUUUCAUCCAUUGUAAUUUUACAAUAAAAAAGUUGAGUUGGAAUUGUUUGGUUGAUUAUUGAUAUCAUCUUUUGU